CAGGCUAGCAGCAGUAUCAUUACCGGAGGAAGAGUGCUUUACAGUUGGCUCUAGCUAACCGUACAGCUGUUGCCCGCAUCUCGACCAAACUGCGCCCACUCCGCGGCUUUAUUCCGUUCGAGGAGCAGCCAAGGUCUACAAGGAGAAAUGAACGAGCUGGUCAAAAGUUUGCCUUCGCCUACUCUGCCGGGCAUCCACAUGCCGUGCGCGGACACCUACAGAGGCUGGCUCUUCAAAUGGACCAACUACCUGAAGGGAUACCAGCGGCGAUGGUUCGUCCUCAGCAACGGCCUGCUGUCCUACUACAGAACUCAGGCAGAAAUGGCACACACGUGUCGUGGGACAAUUCCCUUGGCAACUGCUCACAUUGAAGUGGGAGACACCUGCCACUUUGUUUUGACGAGUGGAGGCAGGAACUACCACCUUAAAGCCACCUCAGAAGGGGAGUGCCAGCGCUGGGUGUCUGCCCUGCAGCAGGCCAAAGCUAAUGCAACCCUAAUGAUGCAGCAGUCAGAUGACUCAGGAGAUGACGGUCCCGGGCCACAGGAGGACCGCACCAUAAACCAGGGGGUGCUGAAGACAUUGGCCACCAAACUGGAUGACCUGAGCACCUGUAAUGAGCUCAUAGGGAAGCACGGUGCUGCCCUGCAACGCUCCCUCAGUGAACUUGAGGACCUGCGUGGGACGGCCGAUAGCACAGACAGAGUCAAAACUGUUAAUGAGCGGGCUACUCUCUUCCGCAUCACCUCCAAUGCUAUGAUUAAUGCCUGUCAGGACUUUGUGGAUGUAGCCGAAUCUCACAAUCGGAGGUGGCAAAAGGCUCUGCAGUAUGAGAGAGAACAGCGCCACCAUCUGGAGGAAACCAUCGAGCAACUGGCUAAGCAGCACAACAGCUUAGAGAGAGCCUGGAGGGAGAACCCAGCUUCAUAUUCAGGUGUGGAGAGGUCUCAGCACGGGGAUGACAGUGAUGAGAAUGAGGAGGCAGAGUUUUUUGAUGCCAUGGAGGACUCCCCUGCAUUCAUAACUGUGGCUGCAACUGCCAGCAUACAGCACAAACGCUCAGGAAGCAACCAAAGUAUGAGUGGUGGAAUGCCUAAUGACUGGACACACAAUGAAAAUGAUACCUCAGUCACCAAUCAUAGAAGAACAAGACGCUGCCGUAUUCCAGACAAACCAAAUUAUUCUCUCAACCUAUGGUCCAUUAUGAAAAACUGCAUUGGCAAAGACUUAUCCAGGAUACCCAUGCCUGUAAAUUUUAAUGAGCCACUGUCGAUGCUGCAACGACUGACAGAAGAUCUGGAGUACAGCGAGCUACUGGACAGGGCUGCCCGCUGUGACUCUUCUCUGGAGCAGAUGUGCCUGGUAGCUGCUUUCUCUGUGUCAUCCUACUCCACCACAGUGCACCGGACAGCCAAGCCUUUCAACCCUCUGCUUGGCGAAACCUAUGAGCUUGAUCGUCUGGAAGAGUUUGGUUAUCGCUCCAUCUGUGAGCAGGUCAGUCAUCACCCACCAGCUGCGGCCCUCCAUGUGUCCUCUCAGCGAGGAUGGUCCCUAUGGCAACAUAUCACCAUCGACAGCAAGUUUCGUGGAAAGUACAUUUCUGUCAUGCCUUUAGGAAAUAUCCAUCUACAUUUCCAUGCAAGUGGCAAUCACUAUGUGUGGAGUAAAGUGACCUCAACAGUGCACAACAUUAUUGUAGGGAAGCUUUGGAUUGAUCAGUCUGGAGACAUUGAAAUAGUCAACACAACAACUAAGGACACCAGCCGCCUUAAAUUUUCUCCCUACAGCUAUUUCUCCAGAGAAGUCCCCCGUAAAGUUACAGGUGUGGUUGAGGACAGAGAAGGCACAGGCCAUUAUAUACUGUCUGGAACUUGGGAUGACAAAAUGGAAUGCUCCAAAGUAGUGAACAGCAGUGAAGGAUGUGGAGGAUCAGAGGGCAAGCAGAAGACAGUUUAUCAAACUCUUCAGCCUAAACUCUUGUGGAAGAAAUACCCUCUCCCGAGUAAUGCAGAGAACAUGUACUAUUUUUCUUCCCUGGCUCUGACCCUGAAUGAACCCGAGGAGGGUGUGGCCCCUACGGAUAGUCGUCUGCGCCCGGACCAGCGGCUCAUGGAGGCAGGUCUUUGGGACGAAGCAAACACCCAGAAGCAGCGUCUAGAGGAACGCCAAAGGCUGGAAAGGAAGAAACGAGAAGCACAAGCCAACCAGGCCUUGGAGGAUGGUCAAGAUGUGGAGGGUUAUCACCCACUUUGGUUUGAGAAGAGAACAGAUGAAACAACCGGGGAAAUCACCUACACCUACAGAGGAGGUUACUGGGAAGCAAAAGAGAGACAGGAUUGGAGCCAAUGCCCAGAAAUCUUUUAGCAAAGCGAUCCUCCAUACUUCACCUCUAGACCUGUAAAUAGACCUCAGCUCUUUCAGGAAGCCAAUCUGUGUGUGUAUGAAAAGCCAACGAGGAACUUCUCAGAGAGACCUCUUUUACAGCAGCACUAUUACAUGUCUUUGAGGAAUGCAUGGCUUUUAAUGUUUUUUUGUUUGUUUUUUUGCAGUGUAGCAGAUUCAUAUAUCCUGAUUCUAUCAGGAUAUCAGCAGGGUGAAAUGUAUUUUUUGAAAAACCUAUAAACCAUAGUUUUCAUAAUUAGCUGCCCUAAAUUGUGCAGUUGAGAUUUCUGGAAAACAAGGUACAUCAAAUAAGUUGAAUAUGGUCUUUUCCAAUAGAUUUUCUGGUUGUUCUUGGACACCUGCAUAGUGUACUAUUUUUGUCAAAUCCAUGAUCAGAUUGCAGUAAUACACUGCCUUUCACUUUUGACACAUCACUAAAUGCAACACUAAAACUAAGAUGAACAUUAUUAUGACUACUUAAUUUCUAAAAUAAGUUGUAUUGGUGCUAAAUUAACCUGAUCUUGCAAAGAAAUUAUUUAAAUCAAACCCCACUUUUUAAACAAAAGUUUUACUGGUUUUAUUUAUAGUUUUGGGCAUUUAAAUAUUAUAUUCACUUUUCAGGUGUGUCUGAAUUGGCAUAAUAGCACAGCAACUUUUCUGCACAUGGUAGUUACAGUAUUCAUACAUUCAUAUUAAUGGUGUAAUAUGAAAAAUAAAUAAAGUUGAACAUGUU